GGAGGCGGGCUGGGGUUCCUCGGGGUUGGUCUCGGCGCGCAGCAGGGUGCCUUAGCUGCGCUAAAGUGCGGAGGGGGACGGAGAUGGUGAGCGGGCAGCCCUUGCCCGGCCCUGAGUGCCUUCAGACCCCGCACGACGCUGUGCGUCCCGCAGAGUCACAGAGCUCUUUCAGUCGUGGUUGUUGAAGGUCCAGAAUGUCUGGAGCGGAGGAAGCUGCAGAUAAAAAUAUAUUAAAAUCGCUUUAAUUGGAUUUUUUUUUAAUCCAGUGUAACAGAAAAGAGGCGUUUCAGUGGUGAUACCACAACAGAAGAGCAGUAGCAUGCAAAUCUUAUUUUUACCAUUCAAAAGAGGCAGGAACUUACAGUUGUUUUCUUCCAGCUCUGGCCUUGACCCGAGGGAGGUAGUUGAGGUCCUGGAGCAAUUCCUGCAGAAGGGCCGGGUGUCAGCGUUACUGUGGGAGGUCUGUCAGCAGCAGGCACAGGCAGGCUGUCCGGAGCUGCAGGACUCCCUGGUCAACAAGAUCGUGUGUUUGCCAGAGCAUGUGAGCAAUAAACUCCAGGGGAAAAACCCGCCAGUGUUCUUCCCACAGAACUACUUCCCUCUCCUGGGUGAUGCAGUUCUCCAGGUGCUAGAGAAGAUCUCCGACUCUUUGCGGGGUGGCUUGGACUGUUCCAUCUCUUUUCUUUCUCAUGUCCUGGGGAAGGUGUGCAUUCAUGGAAGGCAAAAGGAAAUUCUGGGAGUUUUGGUGCCCCGCCUGACAGACCUCACCAAGUCAGACUGCAUCUGGCAGAGGAUGUGCUGCUGGUUGGUGGAAUGUGUGCCAGACCGCUGGAUGGAAGCAGUGGUCCUUGGUUUUGUGCAGAGAGUACCUGGGGCAGAUGUCUUGUCCAGAUUGCUGGGGAGCCUGGUUGUGAAGAACAAGAAGGCUCAGUUUGUGGUGACACAGAAGAUGCUGCUCUUGCAGUAUGGCCAUACGACGACAGUGCUGCAGAACCUCCUUGGCUACCUGUCCCUGGACAGCCUCCGGCGCACCUUAUUGCUCAGAGUGCUGCAGGAGCUAUUGGAGACCUGGAGCAGCAGCAGUGCUGUGAAACACUCCCCAGCUGAGCAGCAGCUGUACAUUAGCAAGGCCAUCCUCAUCUGCCUCUCCCACCUGAAGGAGCAUGAAAUUGAGAGCUGCAGACAAGAGCUUCUGACAAGCAUGAUGGAGGGUGUGAAAUGCCAUUUAGACAGCAGUCUGACACAGCUACGGCGUCUGGGCAUGGUGGUGGCAGAGGCCAUCAGCUUGAAAAUAAACACUGAGGGGCCUGUCCUGAAGUUUGAGUAUGAAGAAGAUGAUGAAACAAGAGAAUUGAAGUCACUUCUGGUGCAGACUCCAUUCUGUGUUGUCCCCAGCCUUCCGGGUGAUGACAGGACUGAGAAAGCAGGUGUUGCACUGCCACUGGUACCAGAGAGCAACGAGAAAUUCCAUACAGCAGCCCCUGUGAUGCCAGAUGAGGAGUUGGAUGCUGAGCUUGACAGUGAUGAUGACCUCAUCCCUUAUGACAUGUCUGAGGAUAAAGAGCUAAAAAUUAAGGCUCCUGUGUAUAUCCGAGACUGUAUUGAGGUUCUUACUGGGUCAAGAUCUGAAGAUGUAGACAAAUGGGAAGCUACAGUCAAGGCCCUUGAGACCUUGGUACGGAAGAAUCCAGCAGCAACAAGAGAGGUCAGUGUGGAGCUGGCAAAAAUACUAUUGCAUCUGGAGGAGAAGACCUGCAUUGAAGGCUUUGUGGAGCUCCGUCAAAGAGCGCAAGUUGCUAUUUUAACCACAGACCCAAUACCUGUUGCUAAGUACUUGACCUCUCAGUUCUACUCUCUGAACUACAGUCUCCGUCAGCGCAUGGACAUUCUUGAUGUAUUGGUUUUGGCAGCUCAGGAACUGUCCUGUCCCAAAUUCCAUGGGAAGACAAAGCAUUCUGGUGCUCAAAAGCCUUGUAUCCAGCUCCUUCCAGGAAGUGACAGUUCUAAGGGCUGGAGAAGAAUUGUUGAUGAGAGGAUCAAAAGCAAGACUCGGAGAUUCGAUAUGGGUCAGUCUCGUGUGGAACUGGCUUCCUGCCCAAACGAGUUCAAUUCUGUUGCUGGGUAUUUCUUUUUCCCAUUGAUUCAACACUUUGACAGGCCUUUAACAACAUUUGAUCUUCUGGGGGAGGAUCACUUAGUCCUUGGAAGACUGGUCCAUACUUUAGCAAUCCUGAUGUACUUGGCUGUCAACACAGUGGCAGUAACAGCAAUGGGAAAGGCACUGCUGGAGUUUGUUUGGACGCUGCGUUUCCACACGGACUCGUACGUGCGCCAGGGCCUUUUGUCCUGUAUUUCCUCCCUUCUCCUCAGCGUCCCUAUGGAGCGGAUUCUGGCAGACAUGACAGAGGAGCUGUUGGAGACUCGGUCCUGGCUGGGAGAUGUGAUGGAGAAAGACCCUGAUGGGGACUGCAGAAGGCUGGCCCUACAGAACUUGCUGUUAAUGGAGAACUUGAAAAAGAAACUUGAAGCUGUUCCUUCCUAGCUGAAGGGUAACAGAAAUGACCUUUACCUUGUGCUCUUGCCAGCUGGAUGUAUUUGGGCACUGCUGGGGCCUCUUCAGCAGUCAUCUGGCUGGAGGAGAGGAAGAAGGGGGAGGGUGCUGAGCUGUAAACCAGUGAGCCUGACUUGACAUCUGGACUUUGUAGUAGAGGCCAAUUGAGUGACUCUGGUAUCCGGUACAGCGUGUACAGAUGCAGGAAAGCAGGCAAGUGCUGCCAUCCUCACUCGCCCCCAGCCCCCACCCCAGCUAUUUAUAACCUUGGCAGGUUGGAGCACUUGGCUAAAAAUACAGGGAAGAUCUCACAGAGCCUUCUUGUCAGAAAAACAGGAGGGCUGGGAAGGGCCACUUGCCACUAUGACCUGCCCCUUGUGAAGGCUCCCAUGUCCCCAAGCAGCUGGAGUUUGGGGGAGCAGCUGUUUGUCUGCUGCUGGAAGGGGUGCCAUGGUGGAAGGAGUGGCGCUGCUGAUGGAAUGCAAGCACUGGAUACCUACACUGAAGUGCUGAAAGUAUGCCAGAUUUUAAAGGCCUGAGCUAGAGCUGGGCUGUGGUUAGGCAGGAAUAGGCCAGGGAAUUCUUUAUGUAUAAUCUUAGUACAGAAGUAAGUUUCUGCUAAAGAAUGAAUAAUGUUCAGGUUUUGACCUUAAAAUCUC